UUUGGUUUCGAUUUCUUCUGCAAAAAUACCCUCGUUCGUUCAGCAGUUCUGCCGCUCUACGGUGUCUUCUCCACACUUCCAGGGUAACAUAGUGUGAAGUGAUAAUCGUCAUGUUCAAGCGCCGAUGAUGUCUCGGUUCAAUCGUCAUCCCUCUCUGCUUAUCGCGGCCGCGGUCCUCGCCGCAUGCCUCUUCUUCCUCCUUUCUUCAUCCCACGGGACCACCAUCGAUGAGCCCCUGUCUCAGAACGAAUUGAACCAACCGCUGUCCUCUCCCAAUGAUGACGCAAAUUCGUGCUCUGUGGACCUCGAACUCCUGCGGCAAUAUGUCACCAACCCUCUCUCGGUCGAUUACGCGCGAUUGGAGAUUGCUGUGGACCAGUCGGACAAUUUUACCGGCUACAGCGAUGACCUGAAUGUCAAAUUCCCCAAAUUUCGCACCGUAUCUCUGGACGGAGAUGCGCAGCGGGAAGACCUGUCUCCCGAAAGAUGCACGCCCGCCGCGACCAUCAAGGGGCCCCGGCCGCGUCCCCGUCCUGAUGCAUCGCACCUAAUCUUCGGCGUCGCAACCUCGAUGGAUCGCCUCCUUGACUCUCUGGACGCCUUUGCGCAUUGGGCCGGUGGCACAAAUGCGCGGAUUCUCGCCGUGGUGGACACCGCUGGCUCCGCUAAGAAGGAGGCCAUGGCACGGGCGGAGGCAUUGGGGAUCCGUCUGAUAAUCCGGGAGAAGGAAGCAGAAGAACGCCUGGAUCGAUGGUUCUAUCUGGUGCAGGAUCUGUACAGACUGCGGGAUGAGAAAACCCAAUGGGUGGUUCUGAUUGAUGACGAUACCUUCUUCCCUUCGAUGCAGAGGCUAGUCGACCGUCUAGCCACGUACGAUACGACGCAGCCUCUUUAUGUCGGCAGCACGACGGAGGACUUGUUUCAACUAUAUAGUGGAGGACUGAUGGCGUAUGGCGGCGCUGGAAUCUUCCUCUCGCUGCCUCUGGUUCAGCAGCUGCAGCCUUUCUUCGAGGAGUGCUAUGUCUUCAAGAGUGGAGGCGACCGUAUGCUUGCGCGGUGUAUCUACGCGCAUACGAACACGAAGCUUACCUGGGAAAGGGGCCUUUUCCAGGUCGAUCUCCGCGGGGAUGCGUCUGGGUUCUACGAGGCGGGUCGGGAGCAACCGCUCUCGGUACACCACUGGAAGUCCUGGUUCCAAGCCGAUAUGGUGGCUCUCAGUAAAGUGGCCAGCGUUGCCGGUGACGAAGCGUUGCUUCAUAGGUGGCUUCUGCCCGGAGACUGGUACCUAGUGAACGGCUUUUCCGUGAUUAAAUACGCCACCAUCUCGGACGACCCGAUGCCCAUGGAGCAAACGUGGGACGAGAGUAAGUAUACGGGGCCGGAUCCAUUUACAUUUAGUCUGGGGCCGCUUCGACGGAAGGAUGAGAACAAGAUCUCGUACCGCCUGCAGACUGCAGUAUCAGAGCGCGAGCGGGUGCGACAGAUUUACACGCGCGAGGUGGAGCCGGGGAGAGUAGAAGUGUUGGAAGUCGUCUGGGCCGUUGCUUCAACCAACAGCCACAUUUAAUGAUGCGCAAUUACGCCGAUAGACCCGAUAGACCCAAUAGACCAG